AUGCCAUCGACAUCCGGUCUACCGAAGUUGCGCGUUGUUCCUGUUGUGAUCUAUGAAAAACCUCAGAAGAUCAAUAUGAAAAUGGUUUUGAAAGAACUUUACGCAGAUCGAAACGUCUUUCAGGUACGCACAAGAAUAAACCGACUCUCAUACCAUGGUGGACACUAA